AGCGUGUGUGAGACCCGGAGCAGCGUGCAGUGCCGCGCUCCGCCGGUGUGAUGCUGCUCGCUCGGUUUUAACCGCCGUGAUGUCACACAUCUGUGUGCUUCUGGAAUCGGCUGAAGAAGAUGGCGGCCUCCUCAGGAGUUAAAGUCCCACGCAAUUUUCGCUUGUUGGAAGAGCUUGAAGAAGGCCAGAAAGGCGAAGGCGACGGCACGGUCAGCUGGGGCCUUGAGGAUGACGAAGACAUGACUCUCACACGAUGGACAGGCAUGAUCAUCGGACCAGCGAGAACCAAUUACGAGAACAGGAUAUACAGUCUGAAAGUGGAAUGCGGACCUAGAUACCCAGAAACAGCACCGACUGUUAGAUUUGUAACAAAAAUUAGCAUGAAUGGGAUAAAUAAUUCCAACGGGACGGUGGAUUCACGUAGCAUACCCAUAUUAGCAAAAUGGCAGAAUUCUUAUACCAUUAAAAUUGUUCUUCAAGAGUUAAGGCGUCUAAUGAUGUCCAAAGAAAAUAUGAAGCUUCCACAACCACCAGAAGGACAGACCUACAGCACUUAAUCGUAAUGGAUUGUUUCGACCCUCUGUCUUAAACCUUACUCUCUUAGAAAUAUUGUGUAAAAUCAUCAAGAGGCUCACUUCGCACAUCAACAGUAUCGUCUGCAAGAGCAAGAUUGGACUUUCUUAUUACAUAGCUCAUUCAGAAAAAAGAAAAAUGUCCCUGCAGUUAAGCACUGAAUAGAUAGUAAAAAGACUACAAGACCACAGUUAUCUGCCUAUAAUAAAAUUUCUUUGACAAUGACUUUUCUGUUUGACCCGUUCCAGCUUGAGUAGGCUUGAAGAGGGAAGCAUGAUGCCACAUUGAGGCUGUACCAGAGUCCCAGUAGUUUUAUGUUUAAAUGGCUGAUCACUGAAGUAAAGGGCAAGGUGGGUGUAUGAAGGCAUGUUCUGUAACUAAUACCUAGUUGAAGAGAAGCCACAUUUUUUGAGUUGUUAGUAAAGUUUAGCAGGUUUGAAAAAUCAUGCAGAUUGCUCAAUAUUGAAUACUGUGGCUGUAGUCUAAAAGUAGUGUCACAAGGUAAGAGUUUUUUUUUUUAUAUAUAAAUAUAUAUAAAUAUAUAUAUAUAUAUAUAUAUAUAUCUGUAUUUGACACAAUACCAAUAUGUUUCUGUUCUGCGGCUCUUUGACAUGUAACAGACGUUGAAGCCUGUUCGGUUCUGAAACCCUUGCAUUUAACUUCUAGCGGAAAUGGCAGGUGUAUGAACUUGUGAUUUUUCUGAAAUUAAAAUCACUGUCUGCAAAAAAAAAAAAAAAAAAAAAAAAAACAAGCAAAAAAA